GCAGCCGAACGGUGAAGCAGGCACAAGCCGCCGAGCGCGCAGGGAGAGCCGCAAACUGAGACUGCGAGGAGCGCAGAGGGAGCGUCAGAACUUGAGUCCGCACGAGGCCAGAGAGUUAAAAUGGGAGGCAAGCUCAGCAAAAAGAAGAAGGGAUACAAUGUAAACGACGACAAGUCCAAAGACAAAGACGCCAAGGCAGAGGGCGCCUCGGCCGAGGAGAGCGAAGCACCGAAGGACAAGAAGGACGAGGCCCCUGCGGCCGGCGAUGCUAAGGAGGUAGCGAACGACACGGCGGCCAAGGAGACGCCGGCGGCGGACGCCGCAGCGCCGAAGGACGAGGAGAAGAACGCUGCUCCCGCCGCCAAGGAGUCGGAAAAACCUGCUGCCAACGCCGAGCCCAAAGCAGAGGCACCGAAAAGCGCCGACGCUGCCAAGGCUGACGACAAACCGGCCGCGGCCAAAGAGGCGGCUCCCGCCGCCAAGGAGCCGGAGACGAAGGCCGCGGCGCCCAGCGCUGCAGCCGAGAGCAAAGGGGAGGCCGACGCCAAAAAGACUGAGGCCCCCGCUGCACCGGCGGCCAAAGCCGAGGCGGCCCCGGCGACCUCGCCUGACCCUAAGCCCACAGAGGCAGCGGCUUCCGCGGCGACCAAAGAUGGCGCCGCUGCACCUAGUUCAACACCCGCCGCCGACGCUCCGGCCAAGGAGGCGAACGCCACGGAGGCGCCAAGCAAGGAUCAAACCGUAGCAGUUCAAGAUUAAUGGACGGCUUGUUUUCCACAACGAAGAAGCAAAUGACCUAACUCAACGAUGACAAAGAUUUAAAAAGAAAAUGAAAUUACUAGCCCGCCCAUAUUAUUAUGAUAACAAUAAUAAUAAUAAUUGUAAUGAUGAUAAUGAUGAUUUGUUGAAUAAGGACUGGAGACGUUUCCCACCAAUGCGUAUGAUUAUUGCUAUUAUUAUUGUUAUGUUUUAAUCUAUUUUUUCUGCUGUAGUAUUUGAACUUUGAUACGAGUCUGUCGGCCGUGCGCCUUUGCAACGUCACCUUCAUCCUUCAUCCACUCAUAUCCUCCAGAUUGCCUGCAUUCAUGCUCUCACCUGCAGCCUGCGCUGCAGAGGAGCGAGAGGUCAAAGGUCAUUUCACCAGCUGGAUAUGCAAUACAUCUGUCCAGCCUUUGACCCAAACGUCCCGUUUCAUAGGCGGAGCUGAAACCGUUUUGACUGAGAAUGCUGAAGCUUUCUGGGGAAUUUGAAAAGUUGAAAAUCGCUGGCUUUGCAAAUAAUUGUAGGAUUUUUUCACAUAAACUUCUACAUUUUGUACUGAAACCCUUAGCUAUAUUGUAAGAAAACUAAGUGGUUUUUUAGCAUUUGUAAUACUUAAAAAAAUUUGCAAAGCCUUGCCAAGAAAACCUUUAAAAUGUUCCAGUGAAGCUUCAAGCGAUUCUCUGGUCUUUUAAUCCAGCAGAAAGUGACAUAUCCAGCAGACAGGCCAAACAAUCUGAGAUUGUCUGAACUUCCUUGUCGGGCUGAAACGGUGAUGUUUACGGAGCCGGGAAGACGCUUUGGGAAGGACAUGUCCAGUUGUGUCUUUCUGAAGACGGCAGACUAAACUGGCACUCAAACAUCCUGUGAGGCUUUUCCUCCCGAUCCAAGAAAGGAAACGAAAUCCUCAGCUGUGAAACUGCAACAGCUCUUCACUGUUGGGUUUCACAUUAAAUACUUCAGUAUUUAGGUUUCCCUCUUUAAACAUUCCUCAACAGAAAAUGAAACCAUUUGAUCAAAACGUUGUUUUGAGCGUUGAUGUAGUUUCCUUCACCUCGACAUUCUGGUGUUUAGAAAAGAAACGACAUAAAAUGGUGGAAAAUUCAUCCAGGUUAACUUUGCUUGGGCUUAAUAUCUUCAUAUAUUUGACACCCAAGAUAUUCUGCCUCUGAGACUUGAUUGUUACCAAUUAAUCUAUAGAAUUAAAUCAAGUCAAAUAUUUCACUCUUGAAGAAACGUUUUCUGUUUUCAGCAGAAGUUCUGACUUUUCACUCCAUCCUGUAACAAACUCCAAACCCAGAAACAGCUGCAUAUAAAGCAGCAGCACCAGCAGACAUCUGGAAUCGGCAAACAUGGAAAAUCAUUCAUAUUUAAGCUAAACGUCAGCGGGCCAACAACUCAGCCUUGGGGUGCACACAUACUAAUUAUAGGAGUUGAUUUCAUAACGCACUGCUCACAAUUUACAAAUUAUAAAUAAGCCUUCUUUAAACUUAACUUUGAAAACAUCAUGUCCAGCUAUUUCUGAACGAGUGUCGAGAUUUAAAGUGCCAAAUAAAGUUGAGAUCUGAAAUCAUUGCUCCUCCUACGUCACCUGACCUAAACCUGGAUAAAACCUGGAGCCGUUUCCACUGGAGGUACUUCGUUUGGGAAAAGACUCUGAUUUGAUUAAUCCUUUUUGUUAGCAUGUUUGUUAGCGUCUGUAGCUCUGGAGGACACUGGAAAAGCAGAAAGUUUAGUGGCAAGCAGGAAUCCAUGUUGUAACUUUGAUUAAUGUUGAAUUAAAAGGAAAAUAAAGAUUAUGAAGUAGUUAUUCUCCUGUCGUUGCAACGUAUUGGAUUCAGAUUCUGCUUGUGACCCGGUUGUCCGCCAGUUUCACCCAGGCUGUAGUAAAACUAAUGUCUUUGCAUUGUUGGAGAGUAAAAUACUGAAUACCAGCAACCUAAACUCCGACCGCCGGGCCUUCCUGUUCCCUCCUGUGCAUAAAUGCAGGUCUCAGUGUCGUCACCUCACCGUCCGUCUCAUCCACCGACACACGGCGUCUUCCUUCAGCACUCGUUGAACCGUAGCAGAAACAAACAUCCGAGGACGGUUGUGUGUCACUUGAUUAUGUUUCUUUUCUUCCUCUCUUGACUCGGUAAAUUGCAUGUCUGUGGUUGGGUGAACCUGUAGUCCUGUCUUUUUGGUCAAGUGGAAAAAAAUAAAAAUAAAAAAACAAAUAAGUAUUGAUAAUUUCUCAGUCUGCAUCCAUGCACACUGCGAUCGAUAUCUUCAUUCCAUGUCUCACCGCAGCUAUUUCUACAUGUUCAUUCAAGCAAACAGACAAAAAAAAAUAUGGAAAUUGAUGCGUUAAAAUUAUAUGUACUUGUAUAAAUGGUGCAACAGUAAUAAAAUGUCAGAAAUUGACUUAAA